GCAGACCUUUCAGGUGGUGGACGUCCUAUAGAAAUAUUUUCUCAAGAUGCAUCUACACAAACAAAAUCAAGCGGAGGAAUGACAGCAUCAAAUUUUGCAUUUCAUCCACAACGCCUUCAUUACUAUACUGGUUUGGAAACAUACGGCAAUUUUAUUUUGCUGUUCAGGGCUCUAGGAGAGACAGUUAAUGAACUCAACUAUUAUUAUGGUGUGUCACCCUCUCUCGCCCCUGAAGAUCAGUUAUUUUUAACACUUGUGAAACUACGCCUGGCACAAACAAAUUUUGAGCUGUCUAUGCUUUUUGAAAUUAAUAUAAAGGAAGUAACAAAUGUGUUUGUCACAUGGAUAAACUUUCUAUAUCAUCAUUGGUGGCCCAGCCGUGAUUUAGUGAGCUUCUUUACCCCAUCCGAUUUUAGAAAGAAAUUUCCGACAACACGAGUAAUUGUUGACGGUACUGAGAUACCAAUGAAAAAACCACACCAGCCAGUAGCUCAACAGGCCACGUACUCAACUUAUAAAAACAGGAAUACUGCCAAAGUACUUGUAGGAGUUACACCUGGGGGCUUAGUAAGUUUUGUGUCAGAUGCAUAUGGUGGAUCUGCAAGUGAUAGACAGAUAUGUGAGAGGAGCAAUUUGUCUCAAAUUUGUGAUCCUGGUGACUCUAUCAUGGCAGACAAAGGUUUUAAUGUACAGGAUCUGUUCAUUUCAUCAAAUGUGGAGAUCAACAUCCCUGAGUUUUUUAAAAAAAAGAACAGAAUGUCAGCCAAAAGUGUUACAAAGGACAGAAAAAUUGCAAGUAAGCGUGUCCACGUUGAGAGAAUCAUAGGACUUGCGAAAACGUACAAAAUCCGCCUUAAAUAAUACAGUCAGAAUUAGCAGAUGCAAUAAUUUCUGUAUGUUUUUUCCUUUGUGAUUUCCGCACAUGUAUUGUCCCCAUAAAUGCAUGUGUUUUUUGCAUAAAAAGUAGGCAAACAAUUUUUUAACCAACAAACAUAACAAAUUUAUUUGUUGUUUAGGGUAACACAUUGUAAACAUAACAAUACAAAGCACUAAAACUAUUUGAUCUGUAUCAAAAGGUUUCAAUAUAUUGAACAGAUCGCUCAACAUAAUUUACAUAUUUACAGUAAUUACAUCAGCAUAAACAGCACCGUCUGAACCGAUAGUAUGUCUGUAAUCAGAUAUAUUUCUAAUGAGACUAAUCGUUUACAUACAUUUGUUGCUAACCGUAUAGCCGUGAUUCGAGAGGGAUCGGAUGUACAACGAUGGAGAUAUGUGGACUCGCAAUGAAAUCCAGCAGAUGAUGCAUCCAGAAGCUUAAGUGUGGAAAAGUUCUUAGAUAAGAAACGCUGAUUUGAUGGCCCUGAAUUUCUGUGGAAGGUAGAGUCAGAAUGGCCACGUCAGGUUGAGGCAUCCAGAAUUGUGCCAGAGGACGAUCCCGAAGUAAGGAGAACUGUCAAUACUGUUG